AGCGCAGACUGCUGGAUAUCUGCUGGAAACCACAGCUUCAGCUCCACCACAUAGUCCUCCCCCAGCAUUGGUUGAUAGAAGAGGAAGAUCUCUGCAACCAGCAGAGGAACUUCAGAGUGGAACAAAAUGAUUCAGAACCUACACAGACAAAAGAGGAACUGAAGGAACUGGAACUUCUACAGAUUAAAGAGGAACAGGAGGAACAAGAACGUCCACAGAUAAAAAAGGAGCAGGAAGAACCAGAACCCCCAGAGACUGAAGAGGAGCUUGAGGAACGAGAACCUCCACAGGAAAAAGAGGACCAAGAAAAGUUCUGCAUCAGUCUAGAUAAAAAGCAGCUUCGUCUUAAACAGGAGUCUAAUACAUUGAUGAAGAUUCCUAUUUAUGAGGAAAAUGAAAACAGUGAGGCAGAUCUAAACAAACAGAAGAGCUUCAGUGUGACUGAGAGUCACGAUGAAGAAGGAAACCUACAUGAAGAUUCAACAUCAACUACAGAUGACGAGACAGACCCACAGAACAGAGAUCAGAGGAAGAAAAGAGACAGAAGUCAUGUCCAAAGUGUGGUCAGCUCUCAUAUGUCAGAAAGUCAGUGUGAUUCUGAUGUUAGAAAAAAGUUCAAGAUGAAAACAUUGGUUUGGAAACACAAACAAUUGCCAAAAGAAACAAGAUUUUCUUCUGCAGGGUCUGUUAAAAAAACAAUAAUUCCACAUGAUGUGUCUGUCCAGAUGAGAUCUGAGUCUGAUGAAAGACCAUAUGUCUGUGAGGAAUGUGACAGAAAAUUUUGUUAUGUAUCACAGCUCAAAACACACAUGAGAAUCCAUACAGGAGAAAAACCUUUUACAUGUAACGAAUGUGACAGAAGUUUUAGUCGCAUAUCUAGUCUCAAUUCACACAUGAGAAUCCAUACAGGAGAGAAGCCUUUUCUGUGUAAAGAAUGUGACAAACGUUUUCGUCAAAUAUCUAAUCUAAAAUCACACAUGAGAACUCAUGCAGGAGAGAAGCCUUUUCCGUGUGAAGAAUGUGACAGACGUUUUAGUCAAAUAUCUAAUCUAAAAUCACACAUGAGAAUUCAUACAGGAGAGAAGCCUUUUACAUGUAAAGAAUGUGACAGAAGUUUUAGUCAAAUAUCUCAUCUCAACAGACAUGUGAAAACUCAUACAGGAGAAAAGCCUUAUCCAUGUGAAGAAUGUGGCAGUAGUUUUAGUCAAAUAUCUAAUCUCAAAAUGCACAUGAGAAUUCAUACAGGAGAGAAGCCUUUUACAUGUAAAGAAUGUGGCAGUAGUUUUAGUCAAAUAUGUAAUCUCAAAAGACACAUGAGAACUCAUACAGGA